AUGGUGUCCGAAUUUGAGAAGCCCCGCCAGUCCCCUUCUUUGCACAGCGUUACACAAGUAGAGCUGGGGGACUGCGGAUCCUCGAGCACCGUCUGCCAGUCACGAUAUCAACGAUGGACAAGGAGCUUCAAGAACUUAGAAACUCGCGGAAUUGAGCCUGUUUCACCAGAGGAUCGUCAGAAGCCCACCACGUCAGACUUGUUUCACAUGCUCUUAAUAUGGUUCAGCAUGGGAAUGGCAGUAAAUCACAUGGUUGUCGGUUCAAUAGGAACACUGGUCAUGGAUCUGAACUUCACGGACGCUGCCCUCUGCGCCGUAUUUGGAAACCUGAUUGGGGGUUUGGCGGUUGGUUAUAUGAGUACCUGGGGUCCUAGGAGUGGGAAUCGCACACUUGUCAUGAGCCGAUAUUUCAUGGGUUACCACCCCAACAAAAUCUGCUGUUCGCUGAACGUGUUGACCAAUCUCGGGUAUGGAAUGAUCAAUGCUAUGGUAGGGGGUCAGAUUCUGUCUAAGCUCUCCGGAGGAUCUGUAUCCGUCAUUGUCGGAAUCAUCAUUGUCGCCCUUGGAAGUGCGAUCAUGGCGACGUUUGGUAUGCGCAUAUUCCAUAUAUAUGAGAGAUUCGCUUGGUUCCCUCAACUGCUCACAUUCUGCAUCUUGGCGGGAUCAGCAAUACCACAGUUUGACCUCCAUGCAAAGUCCGUCGGGUCGUCCGAUGAGAUAAACGCAAAGCGUUUAGGGUUUUUCUCGCUCUGCAUGUCGUCAGCUCUCUCGUGGGCACCCUCCGCUGCAGACUAUUAUGUGUAUUACCCAUCCACGAUCAGGCCAUGGAAGGUUUGGUCGGUGACUACUAUUGGAGGGUGCGCAGCGAUGAUGAUGAGUAUUCUCCUGGGAGUUGGCCUAGGAACCGGUGUGGCGAGCAAUGUUAGGUGGCAGGCAAUCUAUGACGGAACUCCGGGAAGCUUGUUGAUGGCUGGCUAUGACAGGCUUGGAGUGUUUGGCAAGAUUUGCGCGUUCAUUAAUGUGCUAACGGUGGUUUCCAACAAUGGCCCCGGAACAUAUUCGCUGGCAAUGAACUUUCAAAUGCUCGGAGACAUUUGGUCGAAAAUUCCGCGUCCAAUCUUCACCAUCGCAAGUACCGUCACUUAUACAGCAUGUGCAAUCGGAGGAAGGAAUUUCCUGUAUCAGAUCUUCAAAAAUUUCCUUCCUCUGAUUGGAUACUGGAUCAUCAUCUGGUUCACCAUCGCUGUCGAGGAAGAUGUGCUCUUCAACCGGUGCCGACGAUACGAUUGGACUAUAUGGAAUGACUGGCGGAAACUCCCAGUGGGUGUUGCUGCCGGAGUUUCAUUUUUGAUCGGAUGGGCAGGAGCGAUUGUGGGUAUGGACCAAGUUUACUACACUGGGCCAGUUGCGAAUGCGACCACAGAAGGCUGUGACCUUGGGAUCUGGCUCGGUCUGGGGUUCACGGCCAUAUCUUUUCCUGCUCUGAGACUGUUGGAGCUUCAGAUGCUGGGUCGUUGA